UAAAAUAGACUCUGACCAAACAAAGAAAAAACCUUUUCUUAAAAGGGCCUUGAAGUUUGGGUUGCUAGUUGCUAUAAAUGACAAAGCUUUAAAACCACCAUCAUCACCACCGAGUUGCACUGUCCCUGACUCUCUGGAAAUUCAGAUUUCCGAACACUUCUUCAAGCCCGCUCUUCCUUCCUUCCUUCCUUGUAUAUAUCUCUACUGCGUUUCUCUCAUCAACCCCUCUGCCUACUCUAAUCUUCAAUUACCUGAAUUGGGCAUCUUUUUUGGAUCCUUCUACAUCUGGGUCUCUUCCGAAACCGCCAAAUUUGAAGACUACGAGAAAGACUUGUUAUUACCUCUGCAAAUUAGGGUUUACUUUUUUUCUUUUUGUUGAAGUAAUGGAGGCUUAUAAAAGAUGGGUUAGGGAGAACAAGGAGUAUGUGCAAUCACUCGAGUCUCUGGCCAACGGUUUGACAUGGCUUCUCCCUGAAAGAUUUUCUACUUCAGAGAUAGGACCGGAAGCAGUAACUGCUAUAUUUGGCAUAAUUACGGCAAUCAACGAACACAUAAUUGAAUCAGCUCCUCCCCCAAAGCAUGUUGGACCUGCAGAGCCUAAUUCUUUCCCAUAUCCAUUGUGUAUAUCUGCUUUGAAAGAAUUGGAAACAUUGGUUGAGGUUGCAGCUGAAGAUUAUUUUGGUGAGAAGAAGAAAUGGAAUUUUAUUGCUCUUAUGGAGGCUACCAAGGUGAUAGUUAAGUUAGCUUUGUUUCGGAGUAGUGGAUACAAGAUGCUUAUCCUUGGAGGAGAGACACCUAAUGACGAUAAGCACUUAAAACCUUCACCUCCUCCUCCUCAUGAAAUUGAUGGUUUUGCAAAGCCAGUGGGGAACCAGAGACCUGGUUACUUGAGGAAUAAUCAUGGACAAAACCCAUGGAAUCUAGAAGGAAGAGCACUAUCUGCAUUGAAUAGAUUUGGAGAAAAUGCGAGGACUGUCUCCAACCCAGCAUGGUUACACAGGGUGCAACGUCAACAUGCAAUAAUUGAGCCCCCAAGUCCAGUGGUUGAGAGGCCAACCCUUUCCACCGUAUUAGCUGAAAAGGGUCUUCCCGGGGUGUUGUUUAUUGCAGGGGAAGUGUUAUUUAUCACAAGACCACUUAUCUAUGUUUUAUUUAUUCGGAAGUAUGGAAUUCGAUCAUGGAUUCCUUGGUUUCUUUCAUUCUCUGUUGACUUAAUUGGUUCGGGAAUUCUUUCUCAAGUCACGUCUCAGGUGGGUGGUAAAAAAUGGAAGAUUCAUCUUUCAGCACCAGAACAACAAGAGCUUAAGAGACGCAAGGUGUUGUGGGCAUUUUACCUUGUGAGAGAUCCAUUUUUUACCAAGUAUAUCAGGCAAAGACUGGAAAGAACUGAGAAGGUUUUGGAACCAGUACCUGCUAUUGGGUUUCUUACAGGGAAAAUUGUUGAGCUUCUUAUAGGAGCUCAGACUCGGUAUACAUACACAUCAGGCUCAUAAGAUGAAAACCCGAGUGAGCUAACAGGUUUUGGUGGUAGAAGAAAGGAAAAAUAGGUUCUUAUAGUUGCCCCUCAACUUUGGGGAAUAGUUUGUGUUCUCGACUCUGAUAUGCUUAAUUAUUUUCAUAUGGUUAAAGAAACAAAAUGAAGAUUUAGAUGCCCUAGCUGUAUUUGAAUAAACAAAAAAUUUAAUAAAAUUUUUGAAGCUUUGCUUAA